AGUGUACCCUUUACGCAGGCGCAAACUGACAGCCACUUCCGGGCACCCAAGUCGCCCUCCUCAGGAGAAAAUCUCUUGGAGUUUCUCAGAGGGACAAUGGCCACCUACAGCCUGGCGAAUGAGCGACUACGCGCCCUAGAAGACAUCGAGAGGGAAAUCGGCGCCAUCCUCCAGAAUGCAGGGACCGUGAUCCUAGAACUGUCCAAGGAAAAAACCAAUGAGCGGCUGCUAGACCGGCAGGCGGCGGCCUUCACCGCUUCAGUGCAGCACGUGGAGGCGGAGCUGUCGGCCCAGAUCCGUUACCUUACUCAGGUGGCCACAGGGCAGCCCCAUGAGGGCUCCAGCUACUCUUCAAGGAAGGACUGUCAAAUGGCUCUGAAGCGAGUCGACUAUGCCCGCCUCAAGCUCAGUGAUGUUGCCCGAACCUGUGAGCAGAUGCUGGAGAGCUAAGCCACGGAAGGGGAUCCAGAGUAUGGUAGGAGACCAUGACCUGCACUAGAGACCUGAGGGCUGGGGUGUGGGGACUGACACAUGCGUGCCCUACUGAUCAGCGUCAACUUGAACAAAGGGGCAGAAGGUGGAAAUGGAGAAACUAAAACUGAGGCCUGACCACAGCUGUGCCUUGGCUCCUCCAGCAGGGCGCUCCUGUCAUAUACUUCACAGGCUCAGACAGGAGCUGGAGAUUCAGCCACCCAACCCACUUUAUGCAGUCAUCACCCUCCACACAUACCCUGCCUCCCAAAAACUUGGCCCAGUGAAGAUACAUUCUUCCUUAUUGAAAGAGCCAAAACAUAAUCUAAGAUUUUUAAUAAAAGCAUGAACAAUUUUUAAAAAUCA